AAUACAUCUUCCUGAUAACCAAAGAACUAAGACUUGAUCCGCUGGCUGGAUACCAUGCCGUUGAAUUACUUCAAAGGUUCAUGGUCAAGCACCUUACAGAUUUAUUGACCACACCCACACCUCAAGGUGCAGCCGCGGAUCAACCAGGAAGUUAUGAGGAUGCUGUGUUUGACAAGCUCAAGGACAAAUUCCCCCUCAUCGUCUUCUCCUGCCUGCAACUGGCAAGCAAGCUGUCUUUGCAUAGCCAUAUAAUCAACAACAACACUGCUGUACGCUUUCUGCAUUCAGUUGGCCUCAGUGUUUCCAAGCAGACUGUCCUGGAAUCAGAGCUGAUGGUCCUGAAAGGGCUUGAAUUCAGACUAAAUACUCCUAAUCCACUGACGCAUGUGGAAAUCCUUCUGGAGGUUCUUGCCUGA